AUGUUUAACAUUGAAUUUUUAAUAUGUGGAACUUUAUUUCUAUUUAUUUGUGGUAGAAUCUUAAAGGGUAUACUACUUAGAAAUGUUAGUCAGUUUGUACAUCCGAUCAAGGGUGUGAUGAAUGGAGAGGAUCCAUUGUUGGGUCCGUUUGCAUCGUUGUUGACUAGCAACGAUAUUGAUAUUGAUAAAUCACCACUCGACGAACACGAUAGAGAAUGGGUACAAGAACUCGAAGAUGCUCUGGUUGCAAGUCAACAACAAGAGAAACGAGUUGUAUGUUUAUACGAUGAAUGUCAUCCUUCACCAAUUCAAACACCAAAGAAAAAGAAAAGAAGAUUAAGAAAAAGAAAUCAACUUGAACAACAAAUUAAACAACAACAAUAUGAAUAUAAACAACAACAACAACAAGUCAAACAAGUUGAAUUAAAAGAAUCAUCAUCUUUGUUUAAAAGUAGUGGAGUUGGACCAAGAUUUCUAAUGGAUUUGGAUCUUGGUCAACAACAUCAUCAAGAUGUUGAAGCUAGUUUAUCUAGUACUGCAGACACUGAUAAUAGUUUUUAUGAUGAUGAUACAAUUUCAGAAGUAGAUGAUGAUGAUGAAGAUGAAGAAGAAGAAGUAGAAGAGUCAGAUGAAUUGACAUCAUCAUCAAUCGAUAAAUUACAGCAACAACAAGAGGAUGAGGAUGAAUACGAAGAAAUAACACCAGAAGAAGAAUUAAUAGAAAACUAUAAAAAGUUUUUGGAAGAGGAUAGAAUGGCAAUUUACUAUUCAUGGCAUUUGGGUAAACCAAUCGUCAACAUUACUUCAAUCGAUGCCAUCAAAUAUGUGUUGAGGGAUCAAAGUACACAUUUUGAACGGUUUUGGGUGUCUGGCUACUGUCCACUGCGUCACUCUGCAGAGGAUUUCAAUCGAAUCUUUAGAAUCUAUAGCAAAGUGGCAGGAUCAAAAGAAAGUUUAAAUAGAAUGUUUCCAAUUGUUAAAAAGGAGGCAUCCAUGUUGAUGGAAUGGAUAAACGAGAAACAAUCAUUAGUAUUUGAUACUAAUAAAUUAAUUCCAGAUUUUUGCAUGUCAAUGUUGGCAAGAUUAUUUAUGGGUGGUGCAGAGGAUGCAUAUUUAUGUGUAAAGGCAAACUAUUUCUUUUACAACAAAACAUUUACAGAUUAUCUAUAUCAUAUUUUACCAAUACUAAGGAGACUACCAACUCAAUAUUCUAAAGAUUAUCGUAAAAAUUCAAAAUAUAGAAAUAUUUAUCAAUUGUAUGCAAUGAAAGCAUACUUUAAAUAUUUAAACAAGGAUGGAAAUGGUCACCAAAAGAGUGGUAGUACAAGUAGUAGUGGUAGUGAUAAUUUAGAACAAGAGGAUAGUAUUAUAAAUAUAUUGGCAGAUGCAAGUUACCAUGAUCGUGAAGGAUUGUCUUUGGAAGAGAUUCAGAUGAGCAACUACAUUUUAAACACAUCGACAAUUUGUGGGUUGAUUAGUCUCUUGUCGAGUAUAUUCUACAUGUUUAUGCAAUUCCCAGAGGUACAACAAAAACUACGUCGCGAAAUCAACACUAUCCUAUCAAAGAAUGGACAGACUGCCAAAACAUUCACCUUUGACGUUCUCUCUGAAAUGCCCUAUCUCGAUGCAGUCAUCAUGGAAACGGCUCGUUUAUUACCACCUUAUCCAAAAUUAAUUCCAAGAUAUGCCAAUUGUAAUGAACGUGUACUUGGUUAUAGAAUUCCUAUUGGUACAUUAAUUAAUUGUCCAAUAGUAACAACACUUAGAAAUCCAAAUAUAUUCCGUGAACCAAAUAAAUUUAUUCCAGAGAGAUUCUAUGAUAUGGAGCAUGACGUUCAAAUGAUUGCAGAGUUGGGAUGGGGAUACGGUACUACUAAGUGUAUCGGUGUCAAUAUGAGCAAGCUACUCAUCAAGACUACCCUCAUCACUCUAUUGUCACAAAGCAAAUUUGUGUCAUCCAACAUUGACCAAGUCAAGAUGACAAAAACCUUUUCAUCUCUCUACCCUUCCCCAUCUAUAGAAUUUAAUGUUUUUCCAAUAGUUCAAAGAGCUGAAGAAUAA